UUAGUUAUUAUUGGUGGUAUCAGAUACAUAUAUCGGAUAGUAUCUUUGUGUACAUAUAACCUCAACCGUUCAAAAGUUCUUUUGAAAUCAAAGUUUGAAUUUUUGUCAGUUUUACUUUGCGUGGAAGAUAGUUUCAAUUUUUUCUUAUUAAGCAGUUAAGAGUCUUAACUUAAGACACAAAUUGGCAUUGACACUUGUUAAAAUGAAAGGACUGAAUAUAACUACUUUCAAAGUGAAGCAUUUAGAUGAAUAUCAUGACAUAGUCAUUGAUUGGAAUGAUAAUAGAUAUGAAUAUAAAUACCAACAAUUAUUUGAACAGCUGGAAUCAAUAACUGGAGUACCAAAUAGAUAUAUACAUGAGCUUGGCUUGGUAAGACCUUACCCUACUACACUACCCGGUAUUGUUUGCUACGUCAACGAGGAAAGGAUCCAAGGUAUAGAUAUCCAUGGAGCACGUAUUCGCAAUGGUGAAUGUUUUCGUCUCAAAUGCUGGUUAAAAUUUGAAUGGUUUAAAUACAACCGUAUUUUAAUGAAUUACAAACUAGUAGCUGAAGACAGCAUUCCUGAAGGAGCUUGCACUUAUGAUUUCUGUCAACACCAGUUCAAUGCAACUUACUUUAAAAGACUAAAAGAUAUUGUUAAUAACGAUGAAUUGAAUGCAAAAGUUUCGCAGCUGAUCCGAUCGUUGAGAAGAAUUUCGUAUGUAACGUCGGACAACAUUUUCAGAAAGUUCAACAUUCUACAAUAUAUUUGUGUGCAGUGUGUUGUGUAUGAAAUGCUGUUUUAUGAUAGUAUUGUCCCACGCCCACUUUACCUGAGGUGUGCAGGUUAAAUAUCUGUAUUUAUAAUAAUAAAAGCACGAAUGAACUGGAUGUACUUUUUUCCAUCAUGUCCAUAAUGUUGCCAAAUGAAGGCACAAUGAGAGAAAUUGAAUUACGAUCGAAAUAAAAUAAGAAUCACGUUCAAGUAUUUACAAUUUUUCAUCCACCGAUCCAUGAAUGAUUAAUCGAAACUUCAAAUCUUAAGUCAGCUCGACUUACUUGUCAGUCUAUUAUUCAACCGAAAUGGCUGCUAAAUAAGUCCAUCGUGCCAAAAAAUUUCAUAAGCAAUUGAGCUUUAAUAAUUUUGAGCAAUGGCAAAAUAACUUGAUAAGAUUUCCAAGACUUCUGGUCUUAAAAGUCAGCACGGCGAAAAAAUGUCCGGUUAAGGUAAUGUUACAUCAUUCAUCCGUGAAUUAAAUUGUAAAUAAUUGAAAGUUGUCGUAUUAUCAAACGACCCCAAAUCAACAUUAAACAACUCUCGGUGUUCAUUCGUUUUUGCGAUAUAAUUAAAUAAACUGUAAUGAAAUUUAGA